AUGUCCAAGACGACCGUCACCACAACAGAGACGAUCCUCCUCCAGCCACUCUCCCCUCCGGCCCCCAUAGCUUCCAUCUCGCGCCGAUCUUCCGAUCCAGAUCUUUUAGCUCCCAUCACUGAGCAUUCGGUUCAUGAUGCCGAAUCAGCCUUACCGCCUGAAACUGCCGUCUCCACGGCCCAGAGAUGGAAUGAUCCACCCAGGAACAAGUAUCGUGUACUGUCGUGCUUCUUUGCGUUUCUCGUCUAUGGCAUGAAUGACGGCGCGCCAGGUGCCAUGGUACCUCUCUUUGGAGAAUACUACCGUCUGUCGCAUUCAAUUGUCUCGCUCAUCUUCCUCAGUCCCAUGGUAGGCUGUGUGCUUGCCUCUUUCACUUCCAACCGUCUCCAUGCCGUAGCUGGAAGACGGGGCGUCGCGGCAACGGCAACAGGCGCAUAUAUCCUGGCGUACCUGGGCCUCACGCAGCAUCCCCCCUUUCCAGUUGUCGUCUGCCUCCUUGUUUUGACGGGGUUUGGAAGCGGAUUGAUGAACGGAAGUUGGAAUAGUUGGGUUGGGGGCCUGGUUCAAGGAAGUACCCUGUUGGGGUUCCUGCAUGGGUUUUGGGGUGCGGGUGCAACGCUGGCUCCAAUCGUGAUAUCGAGAAUUGCGACAAAGGUGGAAGAUUGGUGGAUCUUCUAUUGUAAGUGGCAUCUGAGAAUCAGCAUCACAGGUUUGGCUUGCCUUGCCUGUGUGGGUGUCACUUCAUCUUUCUGGGAUGAUACUGGGUCGGGAUUCCAUCGACAACAUGCCUCCCCAUCGCCCAAUGCACAAGAAGGGACUAUCAAAAUCUUGAAAAAUCGGGUGACUUUGACGCUCUCUGCGUUCAUGGUUCUCUAUGCGGGAUCUGAAGUAACCAUUGGCGGUUGGCUUCUGACUUUUAUGAUGAGCGUACGCAACGGCUCGCCAACCGCCUCAUCCCUGGCUACUUCGGGCUACUGGGUCGGCCUCACGGCUGGUCGCUUCGGCUUGGGCUGGAUCACUGGAUAUGUGGGAGAAAAGGUCAUGGUGACAGUAUAUUUGCUCAGCGCAAUAGGCCUGGAGAUUGGAUUCUGGCUCGGCAAGGAGUUUGCAGUCAGCGCCGUCAUGGCCGCGCUUAUUGGCGUGUCAACGGGAAUGAUUAUGCCAUCGGGAAUCCGGGUCAUGACCAAGCUGUUGCCUCCAGAAAAGCACCUUGUUUCCGUGGGCUUUGCGACAGCGUUUGCCGUGUCUGGGUCUUCCGUUUUUCCCUUUGCAGUCGGUGCACUUGCUGAGGCGUAUGGUGUACAAGUUCUUCAGCCCGUCGCCCUAGCAUUGUUUGGAUCGCAGCUGGCGCUAUGGCUGUUCAUCUCGCGAGGAAAGCUCAAGGUCUAG